UAGAUCCACGUUACAAUGCUAAUUCCCAUACGUUUUCUUAUCCCAACUUCACUCUCUUCCAAAACCCGCGCUCUUUUUGCUCUCUCUUUUGUGCUGCAUCAACUGCUCCUUUUUUAACUACUAAACCUGUCAUGAAAACCGCCAUCUCCUCUUUAAGAGACUGAAGUAUGGCGUUGGCUGCAAACUCAAUCUGUUUAUCUCAUGAAGAAAGUAUUAGUAGUAGUUGCUUCAAAUCAGGAUUUGCAAUAAGUGAUGAAAGGUUUCAGUUGAGGAGGGGAUCUCAUUCUCACAGUGUAUUUGUGUUGAGAUUUUUCCCCAAAAGCAGAAAGUCAAGAUAUGUUCAGUUGAAGAGUACUCAUAGGAAUUAUCGUGGGCUUCAGUUAAGAUGCUCGCAUCGGUUCUCAGGCUGGACUAAGAAGUUGUCCUCAUUGUGUAGCACUGGUGCAAGUAUAACUAAGGUAAACGAAGCCGUUGAUUUCCUGAUGAUUAAUGUGUCAAACAGCCUGAAGGUAAGGAGCCGCUUCCAGCUCUUGAAAGUUGCUGGCAUACUGGCAUGCGCAUUAUUAAUCAUUCCAUCAGCUGAUGCUGUUGAUGCUCUCAAAACAUGUACUUGCUUAUUGAAGGAGUGCAGGCUAGAAUUGGUCAAGUGCAUUGCAAAUCCAGCGUGUGCUGCCAACGUUGCUUGUCUUCAGACCUGCAAUAACCGGCCUGAUGAGACUGAAUGCCAGAUCAAAUGCGGAGACUUGUUUCAAAACAGUGUUGUUGACGAAUUCAAUGAGUGUGCAGUCUCACGAAAGAAGUGUGUGCCUCAGAAAUCUGAUGUUGGUGACUUUCCUGUCCCUGAUCCUGCUGUACUUGUCAAAAGCUUUAACAUUGCAGAUUUCAGUGGGAAGUGGUUUAUUACUAGUGGCCUAAAUCCUACCUUCGAUACUUUUGAUUGCCAAUUGCAUGAAUUCCAUACAGAAUCUGACAAACUUGUGGGAAAUCUAACAUGGAGAAUUCGAACUCUAGAUAGUGGCUUUUUCACUCGAUCGGCUGUGCAGAGGUUUGUUCAAGAUCCUGUGCAGCCUGGGAUACUCUACAAUCAUGACAAUGAGUUUCUUCAUUAUCAAGAUGAUUGGUAUAUUUUGUCGUCCAAGAUAGAAAAUAGCAAUGAUGAUUAUGUAUUCGUGUACUAUCGGGGCAAGAAUGAUGCAUGGGAUGGAUAUGGUGGUGCUGUUGUAUAUACAAGAAGUGCAGUUUUGCCAGAAAGCAUCAUACCUGAACUGGAAAGAGCAGCUAAAAGCGUAGGACGAGAUUUCAACAAGUUUAUUAGAACAGAUAAUACUUGUGGACCUGAGCCUCCCCUUGUUGAGAGACUAGAGAAAACAGUAGAGGAAGGGGAGAAGACCAUUAUACGGGAGGUUGAGGAAAUUGAAGGGGAGGUAGAGAAGGUUGGGAAGACCGAAAUGACCUUGUUGCAGAGAUUGGCAGAAGGGCUUAAAGAGCUCCAACAAGAUGAGGAAUUUUUCCUGAGGGAGCUAAGUAAAGAAGAAAAAGAUAUAUUGAAUGGAUUGCAAAUGGAAGCAACUGAGGUGGAAAAACUCUUUGGGGGAGCAUUGCCAUUAAGGAAAUUAAGAUAGAAUACAUGUUGACCAUGUAAAUGUUUUAUUCUUGGGCAAUGUGAAUUCAUACUGUGUUUUUGUACUUUUUAAGUCUCCACAAAGGAAAUACAGAUUUUGAUUUUUUUGCCCUUU